AAAUAUAAACACGUAGACUUUAUUAUCCUGCUUAGGCAAUUUGAAAAGAAUGUCUUUUUUACUAAUGCACAAAAAAUUAAGCUUAGUAAGCUUAUGAUACAGAUUGUACUGGAGGAUGACUUAAAAUUGGAAUUGAAUCGCCAUGAUUUUGCGUAUAUAGCUUCUGUCAUAAACGCAGUUUUUCCUUCCGAGGCAAAAGAAGAAUAUUACAGCCCCGCGAUUAAUGGCCAAAAGGCAUCCGGGGAGUUAUAUGACACCUUUGCAAACUAUAGAAAUUUGCUAUCAAGCACCGGGCUUAUUAAUAGGAGAUCAAAAAAAUCAUCAAGGGAUUUAGACUCAACAAUAGUUAAUGUUUGCGACGACAACUGCGAAGCUUUUAAAUUUAUCCAAGAGUAUAACGAACCAUUCGAUGAAGUUCUUGAAAAUUGGAAAAGAAGUUUUGCAGUAAGAUGGAACAUUUUGGAGGACAAUAAAGUUGAAACUGCUGAUUACCUCGCUAAAUUUCCAAUUUGUAUACUCAACAACAGUAAUAUUUUCAAAUUAUUUUUAGAAGACUCAAAAAUGUUGCACCCGGACAUUGCCUUAAAUAUAGAUUGGCAAAUCUGUAAUAAGGUUUUAGAAAAUGGAAGCCAUUUGAAGGAUCCUACCGUUAAAAAGUGGAUUACUGCAAGCCUAAACUGUUCCGAAGAAAAUAGAAAAGCUAUUGGGCUUCUAGUACUACCGUACUUAUUUCCCUCAACAAAAAUAAAGGCCAGGCAAGGAAAACAAAGUUUUAAGGCGUCAAAACUUGAAAUUCAAGAAAAAUUUAUUCUAUAUUUCGAAACUUUGGGAAAAGCUGAUGACUUCGAAAGACAGUUAUUAAAUAGCAAUGUCGGACUACAACCACGAAUUAUAUUUGUGGGAGAAUUAAAUUGUUUGAAGGCGUAUGUAACGCUAACGGAUAAAAAAUAUGCCUUUGAGAAUCCUCUUGAUGCUGUCCAACAAUGUUUCUAUAUGUAUCAGGCAUUACAUAUAAAAUAUCCUGCUGAAAGCACGUCUGUGUGGACUUUCAUUCAAAUCUACAUCUUUAAUGUCAAAACCAAAUUUGACCAAGUAUCGUCCAGCAUAAAGUCGAUUUGGAGAAGUCUAAAAAAGUAAAUAUUAUAUUAAGAUAUUGUAUGCAUGACUUAUUAGAAGGAGUUUGUCAUUAUGACCUUAGAAAUGUUUUAAGGUACCUUAUCUUAAAAUAUAAUUUUUUUCCUGUGCAACAACUGAAUUGUCGAAUAGAAAUAUUCAACUUUGGUCGAUAACACAAAAAUCACCUCUUUUGUAUCUAUUUUUAAGAGACAUCACAUUAAUUCAACUGAAUUUUUGAGGAAAAUAAACACCAAACUUUCAAAAAAUGUGGUUUUACUCCAAGAAAAAGAAAAAAUAU